AUGCCCGACGAACGAGGAGAAUUUCGCAAAAACUCAUUAAAUGAGCCUUCUGGCUAUCUUCCUGAUGCUGAACCUUCGAACUCUCACCAGGGAGAUCUCGCUCGGGCGAUCACCAACCAAUCAGCGAUGGAAAUUCCAAAGAGCUUGCUGCAUGAGAUCAUGUUCGUCGCCGUGGUUUGUGCUGCCCAAUUGAUGACACAGGCAGGCCUUGCCAUUGCUAUUGUACCCCUUCAUAUCAUUGGGGAUGGCUUCCACGUGACCAAUCCCGGUCAACUAAGUUGGUACGCAGCCGCGUACAGCCUGACGGUUGGUACGUUCAUUCUGGUUGCAGGGAGACUAGGGGACCUUUAUGGGCAUAAACUUAUGUUCAUUGGUGGCUUCGCUUGGUUUGGGCUAUGGUCUCUUCUUGGAGGGUUCUCGGUAUGGUCGAACCAAAUAUUUUUUGAUAUUUGUCGUGCAUUUCAAGGAAUCGGUCCGGCCUUUUUGUUACCAAACGCCCUGGCUAUUCUGGGGCGCACAUACCCAGCUGGCCCUCGAAAGGACAUGGUGUUCAGUAUAUUCGGUGCGACCGCGCCAGGAGGGUUUAUUAUUGGAGGUGCCUUCUCGGCUUUGCUAGCAGAGCGCGCCUGGUGGCCAUGGGGAUAUUGGAUCAUGGGAAUUGUCUGUAUAGCAUUUUCGGCCCUCGGCUUCUUCGCUAUUCCCGAUUCACAACCCCCGAAAGUAUCAGUUCAAAUUCCAUGGUGGGUCAAAUGUGAUCUACUAGGGGGCUCACUCGGUGUAGCCGCUCUUAUUCUGAUUAAUUUCGCUUGGAAUCAAGGCCCAAUUGUCGGCUGGCCGACUGUCUAUGUCUACGUACUUUUGAUUGUGGGUUUCCUAUGCCUAGCAUUAUUCUUGUGGGUCGAGUUCCACGCAACAUGUCCCUUACUGCCUCGGGACGUUUUCUCUGAGGAGGUCGCGUGGGUACUAGGUUGUAUCGCUGCUGGUUGGUCCAGCUUUGGAGUUGUGGUUUUUUAUUUCUUCCAAUUCAUGGAAGUCAUCAAGGGCGAUGCACCCCUUUUGGCGCUGGCAAAAUUCGCACCGGCGGCUGUGUCCGGUGCAAUCGCUGCAGUUACGACUGGCUUUAUUCUGGCUCGAGUGCCUCCUAGUGCGAUCAUGCUCAUAGCUAUGUUUGCAUUUACAGGUGGUCAAAUUCUUCUGGCCACACUGCCUGUUCACCAAACAUACUGGGCUCAAGCAUUUGUCAUUUCUGUCUUGACCCCAUGGGGCAUGGACAUGUCUUUUCCAUCUGGAACGAUUAUACUCAGCAAUAGCAUGCCACGGGAGCAUCAAGGACUUGCUGCCUCACUCGUCAACACCAUUGUGAAUUAUUCGAUAUCGAUCGGUCUCGGCCUUGCUGGAACUGUCGAAAGUCAAGUGAACCGCGGUGGCACGGACACAUUCCGAGGUUAUCGUGGUGCAAGCUACAUGGGUAUUGGCCUUGCUGGUCUGGGAAUUGCCAUUGCGACAAUGUUCGUCAUUCGAAGCAUCACUAAACGUGACAAAACCGACUCUCCAACCGCAGUGGAUGCUUCGACCAUGGAAGAUGGGUUAUGA